GGCUCCGGGCCGGUAGGGGGCGCGCGGCGGGGCCGGUGUUUUUCCGGGCUCGUGCCCUGCGCUGCUUCCUUUUCUCAGUGCAGCGGGAGCAGUAUCGGAGUCUCCGGGCUUCUGUCCUGAUCAGGAGAUUCUAACGCGCGCCGACAUGGGUUUUGUUAAAGUAGUGAAGAACAAGGCGUACUUCAAGAGGUACCAGGUUAAGUUCAGGAGGAGGCGAGAGGGAAAGACGGACUACUUUGCUCGUAAACGUCUCGUCAUCCAGGAUAAGAACAAGUAUAACACACCCAAGUACAGGAUGAUCGUUAGAUUCUCCAACAGGGAUAUUGUUUGCCAGAUCGCGUAUGCCAAGAUUGAGGGCGACGUGAUCGUCUGCGCUGCUUACUCUCACGAGUUGCCGAAAUACGGCGUCACUGUGGGUUUGACCAACUACGCAGCUGCUUACUGCACCGGCCUGCUGGCGGCACGGCGGCUGCUGAAUAAGUUUGGUCUGGAUAAGGUGUACGAGGGUCAGGUGGAGGUGACGGGCGAUGAGUUUAACGUGGAGAGUGUCGAUGGUCAGCCAGGUGUGUUCACCUGCUACCUGGAUACCGGCCUCACCAGAACCACCACCGGAAACAAGGUUUUCGGAGUUCUUAAAGGAGCGGCGGACGGAGGACUGUCCAUUCCACACAGCAAUAAGCGUUUCCCGGGCUACGACUCUGAAAGUAAAGAGUUCAGCGCUGAGGUUCACAGGAAGCACAUCAUGGGCGUGAACGUCUCCGAGUACAUGAGCCUCCUGAUGGAGGAGGAUGAAGAUGCCUAUAAGAAGCAGUUCUCCAGAUUCAUCAAGAACGGAGUCAAUCCUGAUUCAGUGGAGGAAAUGUAUAAGAAAGCUCAUGCUGCUAUUCGUGAGAAUCCAGUCCACGAGAAGAAGCCUCUGAGAGAGAUCAAGAAGAAGAGGUGGAACCGUAAGAAGCUGACUCUGGCUCAGAAGAAGGACCGGGUGGCCCAGAAGAAGGCCAGUUUCCUCAGAGCUCAGGGAGCUGCUGAUGACGACGAGUAAAGAGACGAAUCCUCUCGUCACGCUCUGAAGAAUGUGUGCGCACCUUAUCCAAAUAAAGCAUUUGGAAAGGGA